CGUUUCUAUAGUAGUACCCUCCCUCUUGGCCACCCUCUAUAACAUAGCCCACCCCAAUCACCGGCUGCCUCUCUCUCUCUCCACCCGGCGUCUGGUUCGCAAAGCCUCCCAGCCAUUUCCCCCCACUCUGCUAGUCUCUCCCGUCUCUUGACUGUACUCAGAGACGAUUUUCGUUAUCGAGACGGUUGCAGUGUGUUUCUCUCUCUCUUGCUCUUUCUCUUCUUCGUCCUGGCUGACACACACUGCAGCGGCACAGCAGCACAGUAAAAAAGCUGAGUUUGUAUCCACAUUUGCCAUCAGUCUCCCCGGUUUCGCUCGCACAAAACUAGGCCAGUUUUCUCAUCAGUUUUUGCGACUUUGGCGUCGUGUCCACUUGAAAUCCCUUCGCUCUUCAAACACAUUUUGUCCAUCCUUUCAUCAUGAGCUGGCAAGAUUACGUCGACAAGCAGCUCCUGGCUUCGGGUUUCGUCAACCACGCCGCAAUCAUCGGCACCGACGGUUCAUUGUGGGCCAAAUCUGCAGCUUUCAAUGUAACACCUUCUGAGCUGACCACCUUUGCAAACAACUACUCGUCUCCAGAAUUUUUCCAGGCCAACGGCCUUACACUAGCUGGCAUUAGGUUCAUCUUUCUCUCAGGCACCGACAGGGUCUUGCGAGCCAAGAAGAACAAGAGUGGAUUGCACUGCAUGAAAACUGAGAAGGCUAUCGUGGUAUCAAUUUAUGAGGAACCAACAACACCCCAGCAAGCUGCCAAUGUAGUCGAAAAGCUGGGUGAAUACCUCAUGGGCCAUGGAUACUAGACAAGCAGAGGAAAGGGCCAGCACACAAAGGGAGCGGGGAUAAGACCAGCCAGAAGUGAGAAAAUCCGGACAAAAUUUUGGAUGCUUCAGACCAAUCAAUGGAGAUCAUUCAGCAUCAUCACCACUACUUCAAUCUUAUUAAAAAAAAUUAAUUUCCACUCAGUUUGUUAGAUGGAGUCCAAGAUUGAUUCUUUCCCUUUCUCUUAAGUGGCAUUUUUUUUUAUUAUUCUCUUUUCUUUGCUUUUGUAGAGAUGAUACAUUUGCCCAUUCCUUUGCGUCACUUCCCAAUUUGAUAAAAGAAAAGGAGGGAGUGGGUGUCAUUUUGUCUGCGGUCGAUUAUUUCUUCUGAUUCGUUUGAAAUUUGCGAGCUAGCCAAGAGUUGGGAAGAUUUGGGAAUGUCUGGGGUCCCGAUGUGGCAUAAGUGUCGCUCCUUUUUGUGUUUCAGAUCGUUUUCCACCCAGUCGUAUUCAAAGCAUGUUUUUUUUUGUAUUUUUUUUUCUUUAUGUUAAACUAAACAAAUUACUCUCCCA